UCCGAAACCGCAGCACUCGCGCUGCCGCCGCCUCUUCCCUAGAAACCGCCGGCGAACGAAACUGCUUCUCGUGAACUUCCGGUGACUAGGAGUAGCAACUCGAGCUUCGUUCUUCGGUUUAAUUUCGUGUAGUGGAGCUUGUGGAAUUAAGGUUGAACAUGGAGUCAAAAAGUUGCAUGAACGUGGCAUGCGCCACCUCAACGUCGAUUCGGUGGCGCAAAGGUUGGGCCCUGCGAUCCGGCGAUUUCGCCGAUCUCUGUGAUAAGUGCGGUUCUGCUUAUGAGCAAUCAACGUUUUGUGAUAUGUUCCACUCAAACGAUUCUGGUUGGAGAGAGUGCACUUCAUGUGGCAAGCGUCUCCAUUGCGGAUGCAUUGCUUCUAAGUCUCAGCUUGAAUUACUAGAUACCUGUGGUGUAAGCUGUAUAAACUGCACAAGUAAUUCAGGACUUCAACCCAUUGCAAGCAAUGAAAAGUCUAAUGGAUCUGGGAUAUUGAAGGUAAAAAAUAUCAGUGCACAGCAGUGCACAUCUCUGGCUAACCAAAUAAAUGUGAAGGGUAUGCAAGGAGGACAUUAUGCAGAGAAUGAUGGACUGAGGUGCUGGCUCAAACCUCAUAAUGUUGAUGCAAAUGGGCCUUAUACAGAAGUGAAACCAGAAGUAGUUUUGCCUGCUGUUGGAGAACUUGGAAGCACUUUGGUAUCACAAUUUCUUCGUGAGUCUAAUGGAUCAUCUAAGGCUGCCAAAGUAGAGAACUGUAAGACAGAUACUGAAAUGCGAGAUAUAUAUGAAUCUUUGGCACAGACAAAUCUGAGUAUGACCCUUGCUGCUCCUUUAGGAAAUUCAAACCCCUUUCAUAGUGCCCUUGUUGAUGAAAGGGAACAAAGUAAAACAUCACCUUCACUUCUAUUGGGGUCCAGCUCUCGCCAUCUUUUACCUAAGCCCCCGAGGUCAACUCUUGCAACGGGAUUAGAAACAAAUGUAGGCAUGAUGUCCCAGAUUCGAGUAGCAAGGCCUCCUGCUGAAGGACGGGGAAGGAAUCAGUUGCUUCCACGUUAUUGGCCUAGGAUUACAGAUCAAGAGUUGCAGCAAAUAUCAGGAGAUUCAAAUUCCACCAUUGUGCCACUAUUUGAAAAGAUGCUUAGUGCAAGUGAUGCUGGUCGAAUUGGUCGCUUGGUUCUACCAAAAGCAUGUGCUGAAGCAUAUUUCCCUCAUAUCUCUCAACCAGAGGGUCUUCCUUUACGAAUCCAAGAUGUGAAAGGAAAAGAAUGGAUGUUUCAAUUUAGAUUUUGGCCAAAUAAUAACAGCAGGAUGUAUGUUUUGGAAGGUGUAACCCCCUGCAUUCAGUCUAUGCAAUUGCAAGCUGGAGAUACUGUAACAUUUAGCCGUAUGGAACCUGAGGGGAAACUUAUAAUGGGGUAUAGGAAGGCUACAAAUUCUGCUGCAAUACAGGAAAGACUUCUGUCUAAUAUGCCCAAUGGUUCUCAUUCAAGUGAAACUUCCUAUUCUGGUGUUUAUGAGAAUCUACUUGUAUUAAGUGGUUACUCUGACCUUCUUCAGUCACAAAAGGGAUGUUCAGAAACCCACCUAAAUGCGCUGUCUAGAAAUUGGAACUCAGCUGGUGGUGACAUGAAUUGGCAUAAUAUUGACAUGCCUGAAAACAGGAAAAGAGAGGGAUUGCCUUUGCCACCUGUGCUGGUUCCUGAGAAGAAAAGAACUCGGAAUAUUGGGUCAAAAAGUAAGAGGUUGCUUAUUGAUAGCCAGGAUGCACUGGAGCUGAAGCUUACUUGGGAAGAGGCUCAGGAUUUGCUCCGUCCACCUCCAACAGUUAAGCCAAGCAUUGUCAUGAUUGAGGAUCAUGUAUUCGAAGAAUAUGAAGAACCUCCUGUCUUUGGAAAGAGGAGUAUAUUCGUUGUCCGAUCAACCGGGAUAAAUGAGCAGUGGACAGAGUGUGAUAAUUGCUCAAAAUGGCGGAAGUUGCCAGUUGAUGUACUUAUUCCCCCUAAGUGGACAUGUGCGGAAAAUUUAUGGGAUCAGAUCAGGUGUUCAUGUUCUGCUCCCAAUGAAUUGAACCCAAGGGAACUGGAUAAUCUUCUGAGAUUGAACAAGGAAUUCAAGAAACAAAGACUAGCAGCAAGCCACAGACCGGCCCUGGAACAUGCAUCAUCUGGACUCGAUGCGUUGGCAAAUGCUGCUACACUUGGAGAUGAUGCAAGUGACUGCGGCAGUGCACCAGUCGUUACCACUACAAAACACCCUCGGCAUAGACCUGGGUGCUCCUGCAUUGUCUGUAUCCAGCCACCAAGUGGGAAAGGCAAACACAAACCUACAUGCACAUGCAAUGUGUGCAUGACAGUUAAACGUCGGUUUAAAACCCUGAUGAUGCGAAAAAAGAAGCGUCAAUCUGAACGUGAAGCGGAGAUUGCUCAGAGAAAUCAGCUAUCAUGGCGUACCAAGGAUGAAUCAGAAGUAGACAGCACCUCUCGACAUUUAACUCCAGUUGAUGGUUGGGAGAAUGAAGCAAGGGUGCCAGAUGAGUUGGAUUCAAGGAGUCAAGACCAUGUGGCUGAAGCUGCCAAGGGACAAUUAGACUUGAAUUGCCAACCUGAUCGAGAAGACAUGCAGGCUGGGCCAAACAGUGUAAGCAUGAUGAGUCUUCUUGAAGAAGCAAAUCUCCCGUUGGACACUUACCUGAAGCAAAAUGGUCUUUCUAGUUUGAUAUCGGAACAGCAAACAAAUUCAGCUUCAAAUGUGCAGGCAGAGACAACCAAUGAGAGUGAGGGAAGACAUAAUGAGAAUUGCCAUAAUACUGCUUCUGCUGUUCAGGAACAAGAAAGCAGUCCUGAAGAGAACAGUGAGCAAGAUAAAGGCCAAAACAAUUCACUCGCAUGAAGUCCUGCCACCUUCAUUUCCUUUUUCCUUUUUAACUCCGAAAUCAUUUUACAAGAAACCUUAAUUGCAUGAACUAUAAAAUUAUAGGAGGUUCAUUGGGAUAUCUAUAUUGUCUUUGCGUUGUCUUUUUGUGUCCUUCGGUUUGAAUUUCCCCCCCAAACUCAAUAAGCUAUAUAUGCUGUGGUUUGCGAUUUAGGUUGUAAACUAGUGAGGCAAGGAGUUUGAAGGAAAGCAUCUCCUUGCGUUGUCAUAAAACACCUAGUUUUGUUUCUUUAAUAUGCGUGGA